AAGUCUGAAGCUCAACGGAACAACCGGAAACAGACGCGGCUGGGUCCACCCCUUGCCGACCUCCAACGCAAAGACUCCCCACCCAACCUCGCUACGCCACGCCAGCAGCACACGCAAAACCCGCAUACAAGAAUCACGCACCCCCAUCGCCACCAUCCCCGGCUCUCUCUAUCUCAAAUUGCAACCUGGUUCUUUCUGCUCCGAAUUCAAGAAAUAGAGACAACUCUAUGGCGGAGGCACUCUCGAAUGCUGGUUCGGCGAAUUCGCUCACGCUGGAGUCGGUACGACAGUCGUUGAUUCGACAAGAAGACACCAUCGUUUUCGGCCUCAUUGAGCGGGCUCGGUUCCCCAUCAAUUCUCCCACGUACAAUGGCUCUUACGCUAACAUUCCUGGGUUUUCUGGCUCCUUGGCCCAGUUUCUUGUUAGGGAAACUGAGGCCCUCCAAGCUAAGGCUGGUAGAUUUACAAACCCAGAAGAACAUCCCUUCUUUCCAAAAGAUGUACCACCCUCCCUUGUGCCAUCUCAAAACCAUACAGAGGAUUUGCAUCCAUCAGCAGCUUCCAUUAACAUAAACAAGUCAAUAUGGGACGUGUAUUUUGAUAAACUGCUUGCAUUGUUUGCUGCCCCUGGUGAUGAUGGCAAUUAUGAAGCAACCGCUGCUAGUGAUCUUGUUUGUUUACAGGCCCUUUCAAGAAGGAUUCAUUAUGGAAAGUUAGUAGCUGAGGUAAAAUUCAAGACAUCCCCAACAGAAUAUGAGCCUGCAAUUCGUGCUAAGGACAGAGAUGCUCUGAUGAAAUUGUUGACAGUUGAGAGCGUAGAAGAAGAGGUGAAGAAGAGAGUUGCCAAGAAGGCCAUGGUGUUUGGGCAAGAAGUGACUUUGAACAAGACUGUUGACGACACGGGGAAGUACAAGGUCGAUCCAUCAGUUCUUUCUCGACUCUAUGGGGAGUGGGUAAUGCCUCUCACCAAGCUUGUGGAAGUGGAGUACCUCCUACGCCGCCUCGAUUGAACCCUCCUUUUCCUUCAUCUUUCAACUACUUAUGUGAUGAAGAAUUGAAUUAUUCUCAUGGACAUUCUUGUCGAUAAAUGCUACAUGUACUUAAACUUUUACAAAGAGUGUCUUAUUAACUGAUGUUGAGCUUAUUCAUUAGAGAUGAUCAAAACAAUUAAUAAAAAUAAAUGUUACGAGUACUAAUGAAUAAGCUCCACAUCAUCUUAGUAAGACUUCAUUUGUAAAAGUUUAAGUACUUUUAGCAUUUAUCUUCUUAUCUAUUUGAUUGUGGAAUAACAUCAUUUUAAAAUUUACCCAAUAAAUUUGCGUCUAUUUAAGAAA